AGCCGCUCACCAUGCCCUGCCUUGAACGCCCUAGCAAACCACGGCUACCUACCGCGCAGCGGCACAAAGAUCCAUUUCCGCCAGCUCGCCCGUGCGCUGCACGACGUCUAUCACCUCUCGUACCCGCUCUCCGCCUUCCUCGCGAGCGCGGCCUUCGUCGCGCUCGGCCAAUUCUCCGACCUGUCAUUGGGCGACCUGUGCCGGCAUAACCACAUCGAGCACGACGCGUCCCUCGCGCACCGCGACGCAGCGCCUGAGCAGGAGUACGCGCCGUGCAAGUGCAGCCGCGGGAUGCUGGAGCGGCUGUUGUCCUUCUCGUCCGACGGGAAACACCUGACAGUGGGCGACGCGGCGCGGGCGCGCGCGGCCAGGGAACGCCAGUACGCGCGCCCGCUGGACGGCGUGCACGCGGAAAUCGCGAGGGGGGAGGUGGCGCUCGUGCUCGGAAUCUUUGGGGGCCCGGAGCAGGAGGUGCCGCUGGACGUGCUAAGGACGUGG